UCUUCAGACCACAGUAGCCAAAUGGAAGUCUCGUAUUCCUAUGCCUCCCACUGGAGCUCUACACUCCUCUACCUUCAUUUUUUUGUAGAGGAGCAGGUGUGCAAAGUGCUGAAGGGAUUUUGCUGCUGAUUUCGCCAACUGAAGCAGCAGCCAAAGCAGGUUCGUAUCCACCUGUUUUUUUAGAUCCAGUCUCAUUGUACACAGUCAAUGAGCCUCAUUCACCAACUGUUCAUAUUAAAUGUAAUCUUUAUACGCAACUUAUUUUGUAGUGAUAUCUUUUAAAGUCAAAUUAUUUUCAAAUUGUUAUAAUUUUGAAAAUAAAAGUUGAGAUCAGAUCAGUACCUUUCUUGUCUCAGGCAAUUUUUCUACAACUUUUUAAACUGCACUUAAUUUCCUACCGGGGCAACACAACAUAAUAAAUAAAUCAGCCCCUUUCCAAAUGACUUGAGUUUCCAUGUGCUUAAAGUCUAGUGUGUAAUCUGUAAUAAUUUGUCACCACUAGUGUUUCAGUGCCUGUCACAGAUUGAGGUGAUUUAUUGUCUCAUAUUUAUCUUAAACAGACUUGUUCAUGUUGAGGCAAACAGCUCUUCUCAACAGCCUCACUAAUUUCUAGUAAAAUUCAAAGAUGUUGGUGAAUGAGGCUUGAUGCUUUUGCUCCCAUAGUACAGAGAUACUUAUACUAUAUUUACAGUGGGAUUGAUUUUAUUUACUGUGAACAUUAUUUAAAUAUUUGCAAAAUAUAAAUAUUUUUAUUUUUCAUUUUCUGUAUAUAUAGCUCCUCCUUAGCUAAAAAAAAUUAAAGGUACAUUUCUUCAAAUGUACAUAAAUCUGGUGGGUUUAUUUCUGUCUUUUCUUUAUCUCCAGACGUUCAUGUUGAGCCGCAUAAGAAACAGCUCCAUGUCACUUUAGCGUACCACUUCCAAGCAGGUCACCUUCCAAUUUUGGAGAAGCUAGCCAAAAGUGUCGAUGAAGGCGUCAGGCUGUGACUGGCUGGCUGUGCUCUUCUCUCGUGACAUCCGGUUUGCAAAUCAUGAGGUAGAUCUCUUGAUGUAUGUUAAGGUUAGUUUUAUUCUGAAACCUUCAGAGUCAGAUCUCAUGGUCCUAGAUUAGAAAGUUUUAAUAGCUGUAAUCUGUCUGCCUCCUGAAGACUCUGCAGGUCAUGUACCCGUAUGCGCCCCAGAAUGACGAUGAGCUGGAGCUGGUGCAGGGAGAUUUUAUCUUCAUGUCUCCGGUAGAGCAGAGCACUGCCAGCGAGGGCUGGGUAUACGGCACCUCGCUUGGGACAGGACUGUCUGGCCUGCUACCCGAGAACUAUGUCAGCCGAGCUGAUGAGUCAGAUACCUGGGUUGUCCAUGGGUAAGAAACACUACCAUUGUGUUUUUGCAGGGCGAUCAACAGUUAUAGGUUAGCAUAGUAUGGGAUUAUCCCUACCAAGUCCUCUUGCUGCCAUAAACAAAAGCAUUACCAGGUUUUAUCUCAGACUGUUAUUCUGCAAAUCCCUUCAGAGUUCAAGCACAAAUGCAAACAUAUCAGCGGGGAAUUCUCGGCCGAGAUUAAAGAGAAAGAAAGGAAUCAUCUUCUUAGCCUGCUGCUUGGCUAACCUUCCUCAGCAUCCCUGUGCCCUACUUUGACUGAUUUCUGUCCCUGUGCUGUAGAGAAACUGAAAGCACUGUACAAAAAAGUUUUCUCUGUUUGUCUGCUCCUAAGGUCUCAGUCUAUUCUCAACUGUGCCUCUCCGUCCAACUCUGGCAGCACUGUAAGCGGCUUAUUAUUUGAUGGACAGCUGAAUGACAGUCUUCUUGACAGUCUCAUGGACCCCCCCAGCCUCACCAGUCUCUGUCCUCCUAUGCAGGUACAGAACUCUUACAUAGAGUGACUUUCCUUAGACUUAAUGUGAUCACUAUUACAAUCAAUAGUGUUUACCUAAAAGGUUUUUCUUUUUACAUCAAAAAUUCCUUGAGAUUAAUUUUGUGGAAUGUGUUUUUCUUUUAAAAUUGAUUCUUAAUCUCAGGUUUCGAGGCAAAUUACUCAGUCGUCCCUGUCCAAGAUGAGGCUGUUUGUGUGUCGUCAUGGUGAGAGGAUGGAUGUAGUGUUUGGCAAACACUGGGUCACUCAGUGCUUUGAUGCAAAAGGUUAGCAUGCACCACAGAUUGAGGACAGAUUUUUCAGAUUAGGAUCUCAAAUUAGAACCAUUAUCUUUAAAUCAUGAAAAAUUCUUGUUUGGGAUUUUGUAGGCAGAUACAUCCGCUCUAAUCUCAACAUGCCAUCCAGCCUGCCAAUUAGAAGUGGAGGUCACCGGGACUAUGAUAAAGAUUGUCCAAUUACUGUGUUUGGCUCCACCCAAGCCCGUCUUGUAGGUCAGUUCACUUUAUAUGCACUUUGAUUCGAGGUAAAGUGUUUUAUGCUUUCAAGGAUAUUUCAAAACCAUUUCCUUCUAGGAAAU